CACUUUUCGCAUUUUGAGUCUCUGAGCCCUCACCGGUCAAGUUCCCUUCUUUCGCCUUCCAGCCCUCCGAGUCAAGUAAGCUUCCUCUCUUCUUCGUUAGCUUUUCUUUUCAUUCUUCGUUCCCUUUCCUGGUUAUGUCUUCCCCCGGUAGUCAUAGGAUCUCGUCCUCAGAUGAUUCCUCAUCUGAGGAUUCCACCUCCUCUUCUUCGAUCGGGUAUUACUCCUCGGAUUCCGUACCUAGUCAGAUCCCCAACCCUUCCAUACCUGAGCCGCAGCCUGUGAAUCAAAUGCUCGGUCAGGUUGCUGCGGAGGGGGAGGAACCGAUUGACAACGAACCGGGUCCUUAUGACCCAGACACCGAGUCCUGGGAGGAGUGGGAAGAGCGGCUCCGAACCGCCGAUAUGGAAUUUGAGGAGUUUGCCAUCCCCGAAGACCAGCCAGAGAGGGAUGCCGGUGAUUUCCAGCUUCCCGCAGCCAAAACUUCCACGGUCAACCGCGAGACCGUGGAAAUUCACGAUGAGGAUGAGCAUGCGGAUGACCGGUCGAAGGAGAAGGGCAAGGAGAAGGUCGGUCACCAGCAAAAGAAGGUGGCCACCACCCAUCCUUCCUAUGCCAAGAAGAGGGCGAGGUCGGAUCCUGAGCCGGCUUCCCAGUCCAUUGAAGAGGCCUUCGUCAAUCUAGGCCUAAGGCUAAAAGAGGCAGGGGAGAUCGGGCCCUAUGCGGCUGAACGGCUGGGGAUGGGCUGUAACACCCUAAUCCGUCCAGGCCUAUUUUUCGGGCGUUACAUGGGCUCUCCUACAGAGUUGGCCCGGUUGAAGAAGGAAAAUGAGGAGAUGGCUCACAUCCUGAAGAGCCAGGCAGAUGAGCUUAUCCGGCUCUCUGGUUUAACCGGGACAAUGAAGGCGGAGAUCUCCCAGCUCAAGGAAGAGAAUGGUCAGCUCAUGGACGAAGUUUCUGCGACGAAGAAGGAGAUGGCGCUGAAGGAGCAAAGCUUCCCCGGUCGUGCAGGUGCAUGGGUGGAUGAGAACAGAACCGAAGCCGCCCGGGUGAUGACGACAAGCCCGGAAGCUACCAUGGAGUCCUUCAGGCUUCUUUACUGGGAGCCUGAGGGGAAGAAGAUGAUUACCGCUAUUGGGUCCUUCGGGUUCAAGAGCGGUCAGAAGAAAGACUGGGCUGCUUCUCACCGGUUCAUGAAGAAAAGGGACCCAGACUUCAGUGCAGCUGCCUAUGGCUUGGCCCCGAUUCCGGAGGAAGAUCCUACUCCCCCCCUUCCCCCUAGAUUCAUCUCCCGGCUGUGCCCGGUUGAGUUGGUUUGUAAAAUUUCAAACUUCAUUUUCCCGGGAAUGCCACCGGUAACCUGGGCUGGCUCUCUACUUCCUCUUUCUGACGAGAGGCCCUCGUCCUCGCUGGCUCCUGCCGGGGUGACUUGCGAAUUUGUACCUUGCGGGGGACGCGACGGCCCUGCAGUGUUAAGCGCGCCAGUCAAGUUGACAGGGGCCAUGGUGCUGACCAGCUGCGGCUGGAAAGGUAAUGACUGCGACAUCGGCGUCUGGAACGGCGUCACUGCCAUCGGAGCUUGUAGGGGCACGGUUCCCGCGCCUGGAAGAGCGCAUGGCCAUGACCUGGCCAAAGCCCUGGAUGGCUUGUAGGUUGGCUGGGUCAUUCAUGAACUGAGUCAUGCUUGGUGGGAACGUGACCCUCGGUCCAGCGGAAAGGACGGGGGUCGUGAAUGGGCUGAUCACGCUAUGCGUUGGGACGGAGCUCAGACCCAAAGGCAACACCGGGGCUGAAAUGACCAGUAGGGUAGCAGCCACAGGG